UAGGAGCACUCACACUUAUACCCAUAUCCAGAUUCACACCCGCGCACUCCAAGCCAACCGAUGAUUUAAAUUUUAAUGGUACACAUGUUUAUUUGUGUUUUUAUAAGAUACAGCAGAUUUCAACGAAGAAACGAAAACUUUCCAAAAAGAACUACUAGAGAAAGAGAUGCUGACUAUAGUCAAUACAGAAGUUCGAAAUAUGCAUCUACAAACCAUUUCAUCUAUGUAUGAGUCUGAAUAUAGAAUCGAUAUCGUCAUUGACCAUAAAUCGACCAUGAUCAUACAUGAAAAAGAACAAUUAUAGAGGGGGCGAUAUUAACCAAGAUUUGCAUAAUAAUGUUGAUCCAGCGAUAGAAAAACAUAUAGAAUAUAAAUAAAAACAAAACAGAAAUAAGUUACGAUGUAGAACAAAGAAAUGCACAAAACAAGAUUGCUAGCAGAGAAAUUAAAAGAAACAAUUUUCUUUGUGAUCAAAGCAGUAGGUAGCAAGUCCUAACAGAAAUGGCAAAUUUUAGUUUGAUCCAUAUGAAUAUAAUAAUAGAUGUUAUACAACAAUAACAAAUGACACAAAAAACUAUGAAAAAUAACAUAUACUUCAUUGUAAUACUUCAACCUCAUAUAUAAUCUAUCCCCUAUCCUCGCUUGAUAUUUCUUCAUCUCUUUCUAUAUGUACUUUGGAGCUAUACCGUUAGUUUGUCCUUCUUUCGUACAUAAUAUUGUCCGUAAAAGGAAUAACCACAAUAUGUACUUUGGAAUGACAUGCUUGAGAUGUUUUCCUUUCGUACAUAGUGAUUUCCAUAAAAGGAAUAGCCGCAAUAUGUACUUUGGAAGGACAUGCUUAAGAUGUUUUCCUUUCGUACAUAAUGAUUCUCAUAAAAAGAAUAGCCGCAAUAUCCUUUUCGGAUCGUUGUGUAUUUUUGGUGUGUUUUUCGCGUGUUCCAUAAACAGACCCUAACCCUUGCUCCUCUGGUAUUUUUUUGUAUUCGCUGUAUUUUUCAAGGACGUUCUGUGUAUACGGAAUAGUAUAUACGGAACGAGGAAAAUACAGCAGUGUCAGACGUUUUCUUGUUAUACCAAUAAAAUACACUUAGAAUAGCUUUUAAGUGGUAUCUCUUACAACAGAAUUCAUCACAUUCAUAUAUUCAGAUAAGUAUACCUAUGUGAAGCCGCUUUUCACCAUGUUGUAUGUUGGCGAGUCGCUAGUGUUCUCGGUCCACUAAUAAUGCUGUUUAUCGUAAUAAUAAUCAAUGGAAUCUUGUUGUUUAGAUUUGUUUUUCUGUUUCGUUCUUCAACAAAUAGUUUACCUCGUGAGAGAUAAGAUAUUUAACCACAACCAAUAUUUAUUUCUCUUUUUCUUUUAUCAUCAUUACAUAUUGUUAUACUCUUCAAACUAGCAAAUAAUUAUAUUCUGCUAAUGUAAUAUUUCAUUUUUAUUUUUUCAAUAAUUGGUAUCGAUUUUUAUUGAACCUUUUGAUUUUUUUUUUACAAGGGACCCACGAUUCAAUAAUGAGACAUUAGCACUUUUACAAUUUUUUGCACAGAAUCCUCUACCGCAGGAUAUUGAAGUUGAAACAUUGCGUCUAUAUGCAGAAGACAUACAUCAAAAAAUCAAUAAAAAACUUCAUGAAACAUUCAAAGGUACAAUAGAAGAAAAAACUGUGAAAACUAAUUCUACAGAAAUACCGAUUACCAUCUAUACACCACUAAAUGUUAAUAAAGACAAAUUAGUUAUUUAUUUUCAUGGUGGAGGUUGGGUUGUUUGUAGUCCAAAAACUACUCAAACAAUUGUUAAUUAUACUGCUGAUGUGACAAAAACAAUUUGGAUUUCUGUAGAAUAUCGUCUCGGACCUGAAUAUAAAUAUCCAAUUUGGCUUGAUGAUGCAUUGGAUGUUACUCAACAUAUCAUUCAAAAUAGAACAGCUUACGGUGUUAAUGAAACAGCCAAAAUUGGGGUUGCUGGAGACAGUGCUGGAGGCAUGAUUAGUGCUUCACUCUCUCAUUUAUUAAAAGGCAUCGAUUUUCAAAUUCUUAUUUAUGCUGCAUUAGAUAUCCUUGGUGAAACCCCAUCUUAUAAAGAAUUUGCGAAUCCAAUGUAUUUUCUUACGCCUGAACUCAUGAAAUGGUAUUCAACACAUGCAUUUCAUAAUUUAGAUGAUGUGAAAGAUCCUCGAGCAUCUGUGCUACUCAAUAGAACAUUUGA